UGUCCCAUCGAUUUCUCCAACGUUCUCCCUUCUUCCACUCUUUCUCCUCCGGCAAGGGCUGUCUUCAUCGUCUCCGUCGAUCUAUGCUCUCUCAAGAUUCAAGUAAUAAUAAGAAGUAUUACGCUUAGAUCAAUAUGCUCAAUUAUGGUCGAACCAUCCUGCUACGAGCUUCAUUGUCAAAUCUGAAAACCAUAACAGCAUCCCUUCAUGAGAUCUCAAGCUCAGCUUCCUCAACAUCAAGCCCAAGCUUAUCAAUAUGGAGGCGCAAGAAGGAAUUGGGAAAAGAAGGUUUGAUUAUUGCCAAAGAGCUCAAGAGACUUCAAUCAAGUCCUGUCCGACUUGACUUGUUCAUCAAGUCCCAUGUCUCUCGCCUUCUCAAGUCCGACCUCGUCUCCGUUCUUGCUGAAUUCCAGAGACAAGACCUCGUCUUUUUAUCCAUGAAGUUAUAUGGUGUCGUGCGGAAAGAGAUAUGGUACCGACCAGAUAUGUUCUUUUACAGGGACAUGCUUAUGAUGCUAGCAAGAAGUAAAAAAGUGGAUGAGAUAAAGCAGGUAUGGGAAGAUUUAAAGAAAGAAGAGGUACACUUUGAUCAACAUACAUUUGGGGACAUUAUGAGGGCCUUUUUGGAUAGCGGAUUGCCGUUGGAGGCAAUGGUUGUAUAUGAGGAAAUGAGACGGGCUCCUGACCCUCCAUUGUCGUUGCCUUUUCGAGUGAUCUUGAAAGGGCUUUUACCAUAUCCCGAGCUGAGGGAGAAGGUGAAGGAUGAUUUCUUGGAACUUUUCCCAGGCAUGAUCAUUUAUGACCCGCCCGAAGACCUGUUUGAAGACUAUCCUUCUGGUAGGGAGAGCGAAUGCAACUAAAAUAGCGGUUUUAAGUUACAAAGAUUUGUUGCAACAACGGGAUGCAACUCUAUAACAGUUUUCGAUUUUGUUUUGAUGUUAUCGAGUUGCCAAAACUUGCAUUGCCUUGUUUGUGUGUGUGUGUAUGUAUAUAUAUAAAAUAGUUCUGAUCAGAAUAAGAGUUAUGUUGAGGAUGUGAGAACAAAGCAUUCAUAUACAUUGAUAUAUCUUCAUCUACAUUCAGCUACCUUUUUU